CUCCAUAAAGAAGGAUUGUGCGCUGGUUACAUUCAUGACUUGAAGAUUCAUCCUGAAAAACAGAAAAUACAUUUUGAAACCCUUGUUUGCAGGGGUGGGGUUGCAUUUCACAUCCAUGAAAUGCACUAACCACAGCAUCUCCAUGCUGGCUUGUGCUGAUGGCAGCCCGCUCACCUUUCAAUUCACCUCAACCUCCACUGGCAACACCCUUGUUUUUCCAGUUUGGAACUUGCUAAAGUUUAAAAAAAAAAAAAAAAAAGUGUCAACUGACCUGAAGUCUUAAUAGAAGCAUUUGAUGUGGGCGUACCCUACAGAAACACUCAAGAUUUACUGAUGAAAGCUCAGCAGAUACUUGAUCAUAAAGAGUAAUAACAACUAAACUAAGACACUGAAAGGAAAAUACCAGAUGCCAUUCUGCAGGAUGUACUAAAUGCCACUUAAUGGAUACAUUUAAAUCCUCCUGAAUCAACAGAGUAACCAGGUAGUGAAGAAGAAACACAAGCCAUGGACAACCUCACCUCUGUGGCUGUGAAUGGCAGCUUAUGCACCAGAGAUUACAAGAUCACCCAGGUCCUCUUUCCGCUCCUUUACACUGUCCUGUUUUUUGUUGGACUCAUCACAAACAGUCUGGCUAUGAGGAUUUUCUUUCAAAUCCACAAUAAAUCUAACUUUAUCAUUUUUCUUAAGAACACAGUCAUUUCUGAUCUUCUCAUGAUUCUGACUUUUCCAUUCAAAAUUCUCAGUGAUGCCAAACUGGGAACAGGACCACUGAGAACCUUUGUGUGCCAAGUGACCUCUGUCAUAUUUUAUUUCACAAUGUACAUCAGUAUUUCAUUCCUUGGACUGAUAACUAUUGAUCGCUACCAGAAAACCACCAGGCCAUUUAAGAUGUCCAACCCCAGCAAUCUCUUGGGGGCUAAAAUUCUCUCUGUCGUAAUUUGGGCAUUCAUGUUCUUACUCUCUUUGCCCAACAUGAUUCUGACCAACAGGAGGCCAAAAGACAAGAAUGUGAAGAAAUGCUCUUUCCUCAAAUCAGAGUUUGGUCUGGUCUGGCAUGAAAUAGUCAAUUACAUCUGUCAAGUCAUUUUCUGGAUUAAUUUUUUAAUUGUCAUUGUAUGUUAUACACUUAUUACAAAAGAACUGUACAGGUCAUAUGUGAGAACAAGGGGCGUAGGCAAAGUCCCCAAGAAAAAGGUAAACAUCAAAGUUUUCAUUAUCAUUGCUGUAUUUUUUAUUUGUUUUGUUCCUUUCCAUUUUGCCCGCAUCCCCUACACCCUGAGCCAAACCCGGGAUGUCUUUGACUGCUCCGCUGAGAAUACUCUGUUUUAUGUUAAAGAAAGCACACUUUGGUUGACUUCCUUAAAUGCAUGCCUGGAUCCAUUCAUCUACUUUUUCCUCUGCAAGUCCUUCAAAAAUUCCUUAAUGAGUAUGCUGAAGUGCCACAAUUCUGCAACGUCUCCAUCCCAACAAAACAGGAAAAAAGAACAGGACGGUGGUGACCCAAGUGAAGAGACUCCAAUGUAAAACACCUGAGGUAAUAUUCCAACCUAUUAGCGUUUGGAACAUCCAAAAGGAAAACACUGUGUAAAAAUACCGACUAAUAGUAAGCUGAGUUAGUAACAAUGACUCUCUAAACAAGUAGUAGAAAACAACGAAAGUCAUUUUCAUUAACUUAUCCAGUAUUAAAAGCUGUCUUAAAAUGUAGAAAAAGAAACCUAACAUGUAGAUGUUUAGCAAAAUGAACUGUAUCUAAUCAUCGUGGUUAUAAGCUAAACUACAUAGAAGUCAUGAUUUGUAAAGUGUUAGCACUGUGGGUGACCGUAGGAUAUCUGUUGUAAUUUUUUUAAUACGUUAUUGAACACAGUGUAAUUAUCAAGUUAUAAUCAACUAAGGAAAAAUGAUGAAGCUGAUAAAAACCUUCUGACUGAAAAUUAUACUGAGAUGUGCAUACACUCUAGUCCCUAAUCAAAUACUGAUCUAUUGUGAUACUCAUUAUAAUAUUUUAAGUGGGACACUUAGCAAAGACUAUUAAAACUACUAACUUCUAACUAUUAGCAAAAGCCUAAGAAAUUUAAACUAAUUGAAAUGGUAACUGGACUGAACUUUUUAAAUUUUCAUUAAAAAGAUUGGUUUUAAAAUACUUGUCCAAUAAAAAGAGCAGAAAUAGCAAAAUUAUUAAAAGUUAUUUCUAUGACCUUGUAAUACCAAAAAACUCUUUGAGUAUUUCCUUAAUCCUAGAGAAACCAGUUUUAUUAAUGGUAAAAUACCAUCAUUGCCACUUACCUUUAUUAACUAGCUUUCAGAAACUACCUGCUAUUUGGGUUAAUGAAUAUUGCUUCAGUGAGAAAAACAAAUGUGAAUAUGUGGUUGCAAAGCAUAACUAUUAGCGGAAAAGUGGAUAAAAUGUUUCUAAUUACUGGUUUGUCACUUGUGUGAAAUACCAAAAAAAAAAAAAAAAAAAGUAUAUUAAACUCUAAAUCACACUUUGUUGGAAUUUCUUUGUUCAAAGACAUUAGAUACCACAGCUCACCUCUUAUAUACUCAAACAUCAAACAUCAAACCUUUGUAAUAAAGGAUAACUGCAAAAACUUUUAUGACACAUCACUGGGCAAAGUCUCUAGUGAAGGUGCCAUAACACAUAAAUUAGUUCAUAAGUAAAUGAUAAUGAAAUAUGAUUCUACACAAGCCGUAGUCACUAUUUUUACUACAAACAAAAUAUAUAACAGACUUGGAAGCUGAUAUUAUUUAUUUCAAUUAUUUAUGAUCCCCAGAAAUGAUUCUCAAAUAUAAGGCAAGGAUACCAGUAUCAAAAUAUGAUGAGAAGCAGGGAAAACAGAGGGUGAGUUGCAGUAUAUGGAAGUUCAUUGAACUUUAGUAUCAAUCAAUUUUUAUCUAAAUCCUCCACAAAUUCUGCUGAGCUAAAUAUCAGUGCAAAGUUGAACUCACUCAACUUUCUAAAUGAGAUCUAUUCUCAAGUGGUUGCAUUUACUUCCCCGGCACUCCUACAGGCAAGAACUGCGUGUUAGUGGUGAAGCACAAAGAGGAAUGCUUCAAAAAUGAGGCAUGUUCUACAUAGUGUGAGUCUACAUUCUAGCCACGUAGACUAACACAAGUCACUUUAACAUCACAUGUGUAAGUGUGCACAUUCUGUAAGAACAGCAGGAUAGUUAAAACGGAAGAAAACCAGAGGCCAACUCAUCUAUCUUCUUACUUUGCAUACGAGAAAAAUGAAGGGCGGAUCCACGCCUCAACUCAUCCGAGUCAGGGGGUACAGAGUGGGUUGAAACUGACACCACGGUGCCAUGACCACAUGAACUGCUGAGAGACUGCAGAGUGGGCAAAGACUUUCUCAAAUAAUCUUUCCCUUUGUAUGAAAUUAACUCAGUGAGAGGACAAUUUCCCUAACAGAAAGAAAAAAACAGAAAAACAAAAAUGCCAAUGGUAUUACAGUAUUCUUAUAAAAGAACUAUAAAGUGUUCAGAAUUACCUAUGUUUUUAUACAUAAAAUGAAAAAAUUUACAUUAAACUCUAAAUCACACUUUGUUGGGAAUUCCUUAUUCAACGACAUGACACAGCAUACACUCUGAUACCAAAAAUCAAACUGAAUCUACUCAAGACAGACCGAGGGAUCGGUAUUUACAGAGUACUCAGGACACACAGAAUAGGUCACUAUUUCCAGGUUUAAGAAUUUUAAUAUACAUAACAAAUCCCAGAUUUCAUAAUAACUUUAAAAAAAAAAAAAAAGGAAGCCAAAUUUUCUAGACUCAGAUCCAGAAGUUGAAAAAUUCAGAUGAGACUAUGUAGUCUUGCCUUAGUUAGCCUUAGAAGCUAACAAGUCCGAAGGAUGCUGGUUAGGGGCAGUUUGAUAUCACAGCGGUUUUUACGGAAACAGUCUAAACCAGGUGUGGCAAAGUAUAGCCUGCAAGCCAAACCUAGUCCACCCCCGCCCCCCGCUUUUUGGAUCCCCUGUGACCUAAGAAUGGUUUUUACAUUUUCAAAUAUCAACAGAGAAAAUACUACAAUUAAAAUUUCAUGCUGUAUUAAAGUUAUAUGAAAUUCCAGUGUCAGGAGCCAUAGCAAGGUAUAUUAGAACACGGCCACUGCACUCAGGUUUUAUCCAUGGUUGGUUACCAGCUCCAACAACAGGGUUGAAUAGCUGGGUUGUGGUGAACACUGCAUGGCCAUAAAACCAAAAUAUUUACUAGGUGGUUCUUUAGAAAAGACGAUUGACAAACCCUAGACCAGAACUCUAAAAACAGGGAGAGAACAAUCACAAGAAGAACCCACUAUUCAGGCAUCUAAGUGUUUCAGUAGCUUUACAUUACAAACAAACU